GCCGCAUCCCCGCCCCGCCCCGGGGGCGGCACCGCCAGGAGAGGCAUCACCGGCAAAGGCAGCAUCGCACCCCGCUCCCCGCACACGCCAGGAUUUGCCCGGGGAAGGCAAGAAGCAUGACCAAGAUGAACUGCAUCCUGCUGACCACCUGCAUUGUUCUGAUUGCUUUUUGUGGCUCUGGUUAUACCUUAAGAUGUUACCACUGUGACAACAGCCCUACCGUGUGCAGGACCAACAGCACCUGCUUAACGACUGAAGACACUUGCUUGCAGUUGAAAUUUGGUAAAUUGAGAACUUUCUCCUGCUGGAAGGCAUCCCAGUGCAGUGUGAAUGAAAUUGCUGAUUCCUUCCUGUUGGAUAAUUUUGAAUUCUUUUGCUGCCAACACGAUCUGUGCAAUGAGAGUGCGAUUACUGGGGUUAACAAAGCAGCCUUCAGUAUUGCUUCUGUAAUGGCCAUGUUAUGGAUGCUCCUGUAAUAAUCCUGGUUUGUAAGCUGUCCUUUCAAGAUGAAGUUACACAAAACCAUUAACUCUUUUCUAUAUUGCAUAUUUUCAGCUCCUAUCCAUAGGCAGAAACAUUCCUGUGUAAUUUUAAGUUGUUUCCCAAGGUUCUGUCUGUUAAAUCACUGUCUCCAUUAAUGGGAAGGAGAUGUGUGUUGUUACCAUCUGUUCUGAUCUGUUCCCCUGUUCAUGGGGGAGAUCAGCUCUUGUGAAGUGGUGUUAUCUUGUGGAGAACCUGGGCAAACUCCAGUGGGUGAUGUGAAGGAGAAGGAACACUGCAGCUUUUCUGCUGGAAAUUGUCAUUUUUUUCCUGUCCCAUAAACUGUCAUUAUUUUUGGUUGGCAUUUCUGUGGGUUUUGAUUUGUUUUGCUUUGGAUCCUCCUUGUCACAAGCCAAGCAGUAGAUUUGCCCUCAACACAAUACGUGUUGGAUCAUAAGUGUACCUUGCUGCAGUCUUUGUGAUGAAUAUGGAAAUAUUCAGUUUCAAGUCAUGUAAACACUUUGUUCCCAUCACUGUAUGUUUGGUUUUUUUCUACAAGCCAAUGAUAUAACCUUGUCAAGUGCUGUUAUUUUGGGUGAAAGCAUCUACAUUUCUUAAACCAAAACCAAAAUACUGUUACAAGUGAGAAACACUUCUCUCUCUUUUUUUUUUUUUUUAAUAUAUAAUAUUUCUGUGAGCAUGUAGACAACAUGUGAUAACUUCCUUUUUGAUAUUCCUCAUACAUUAUCCAGGCUUAGGAUUUUAAGUGAGCAUGUGCUUUGCACUGAGUAUUUAUUGGUAUACUGAAAAUCAAUUAUAAUAUACUAAGGAGUUGAAAUGGCACAUGUAGGUUACUUCCCCACUAGCUUUUGGAUUUUGUUUAAAACAGUGACAUGUAAACUUAACCCUUCAAGCUUCCACCUAAGAGUAUUAAAAUCUUGUAGAACUUUCUUUCCAUAAAUGCCAAUGCACAGUAUAGGUGUGUAUUUAUAUAGCAUGAAUAAAAACUGCUCCAUCUGUAGGUGUGAGGGGUCAUAUACUGAAAUACUUGCUGUGGUGGAGACAUACCUUGGGAUAUCUCUGGUACCUGGGGACCCUCUCAGUCAGGUGGGAUGCCAGAUCCUCCUUUUUCUUCUUCUGGAGCUGAAGAUAUCCCUGCCAGAGUUGUGUCCAUUGCCAAUGAGAUACCCUCUUCUUGAGGACUCUUGCUUGUGGUCUUGACACUUGUGACACCAGUUCACCAGUCACAAGGGUGAACAAGGGUGUUGUUCCAAAUCCCCAAUGUAUUCCACAAUGUACCUUUUGGUUGAGCUUAUUGUAGCUAUGAAAGUGUCCUGGGAUCUCUCCCGUCACUUGAAAUACGGAAGUCGUCCUGUCUUUGAUUAAUAAAAAUGUCAAAAAAGAA